GAACUGAGCGCCCUAAUGAGUUACUCUUCCCCCUGGUGGCAGGGAGUUCCGCAGGUUUCUCGUGUUAGACUUGAGUUACUGGCAACAGGCCUACAAGGAGAUGCCGAGGCGGACAGCUCCCCAGGGCCGGAGGGGGGCCGUGAGGCUGCCCCCCGGUGGUGGGAGGGUGCAAGUUGCUUCCCCUCCCCAGCACCCCCAGUGGGAGACCGAAGUAGAGCGGGCUGGGGCCCUGCGGCAGGCCAGAGUUUAUCAGGGACGCGCAGGAAGGGCCGGGCGGGACGGACAGACGGACGAUCCGGCAGCGUCUUCGGCAUGGGGGCCCUGGUGCUGCUGCUCUGCCUGGCAGUCUGCAUCUUCACCCCGCCCGGUGAUGGGGCCCAGGAACUAACCACGCCCGGCUCCAAGAUCGAGGCCCCGUGCGACGGCUGCCCCCGCCAUAAGUCAUCGGCCACCCUCGUGCCGUCUUUCACCAAAACCACCCCCACCACGACCCACCGCACGACACGCCCCACCAACCACACCACGACCCACCCGACCAACCACACCACGACCCACCCGACCAACCACACCACGACCCACAGGACCCACCACACCACGACCCACCCGACCAACCACACCACGCCCCACCCGACCAAUCACACCACGACCCACCCGACCAACCACACCACGACACACCCCACCAAUCACACCACGACCCACCCGACCAACCACACCACCCCGCACACGACCCCCCACCUCACCACGGCGGCCCCGACGCUGCCCCCGGAUGCGGCGGUAGGGAACUACUUGGUGUGGAACGGGUCGGACGUCUGCCUCCGGGUUCAGUCGGGCCUCCAGAUCCGGAUCCAAUACGAGAACCGCUCCAAAGCGUGGCUGUGGGGCGCGUUUACCGUCCAGCCGAACCACACCGUGGUGGUGGGAACCUGCUCCCAGGACUCAGCCACCAUGAACAUCACCUUCGCCCAGGGCUUCCUGCACUUCACCUUCGUGAAGAAUACAACCCAAAACGCUGUCUACCUGCACGAGGUCAGAGCCAGCUUGAGCGUCCACUUCCCCGGGGCCACACAGAGCCAGUUCGCGGCGCAGAACAGCAGCCUGCGGGAGUUCGAAGCCCGGCUGGGAAAGUCCUACCAGUGCGGGAACCGCAGCCUGGCGCUGGCCCCCGGCUUCCGCCUCGACGCCCUGCACGAGCAGCUCCAGGCCUUCGCCCUUCCGGGGGGCCACUUCGGGGACGCCGAGCAGUGCCCGGAGGAUCAGCACAGCAUGGUGGUCCCCAUCGUCAUCGGGGUGGUUCUUCUGGUCCUGAUCCUGAUCAUCAUCAUCGCCUACAUGCUGGGCCGGCGCCGGUCCCGGGGCGGCUACCAGACCAUCUGAGGGGCUGGGACACAGGCCAGGGGGCGGGAGCUGGGAUGGGGCCUGUCCCCUCUAGGGGCAUUGGCUCCCCUCUGCCUCGGGGGCGGGGAGUGGGGUGAGGA